AUGGCCGACCACUUCCUCGCCGCCAUCAAGUCGCGUCGAACUUACUACGCCCUCAAAGCGAAGUCCCCAAUUCCUGACCUCGAAAUCGUCAAGAUCGCCAAAGAAGUUAUCCUCCACACGCCGAGCUCCCUCAAUUCCCAGUCGACGCGUUUUGUCAUCUUGUUCGGGGACGAGCAUAGAAAGCUCUGGGAUAUCGCCAAAGAUUGCGUCAAGGCAGUCGACGCCUGCAGUGACUGGCCCACAGAUGAGAAGAAGCUGGAUCAACGCCGAGAUGCGUAUGGGACGGUUCUUCUGUACGAAGACCAGCGUGUCACACAUCAGCUGCAGCAGAAUUUUGCACGAUACAGCAGCUACUUCCCUCAGUGGUCAGAGCAUACGAACGCAAUGAAUACUUUGAACUUGUGGACGGCGCUGGAACUCGAGGGUCUGGGUUGCAAUCUCCAGCACUUUAAUCCUUACAUUGAUCAGAAGAUUGUCGAGAUGUGGAAAGUCCCUGCUGAGUGGAGGUUGAAAGGUCAGUUGGUGUUUGGUACGCCUACGGCUCCUCCAAACCCAAACAAAAGUUUCGUGUCGGCGGAAGAGAGAGUGCUUGUACUGGGCUCGUAG